AUGUCCUACACCGUGUCUCUAGGUCCGCAAUCCCCUGUUAGCCAGCAAUUAAAAGCAAUUAACUUUUUUGACACAAAUUCAAGUUCCUCGGCUAUCGUUGGCAUCCCCCUAUGGACACCACUUUUGCAGCUUGCCAUGCAGCCAAAUUUACAAAUUUCUGCUCCAUUGCAGUCAUUAAUCCUGAAAUUAGCCCAAAGACUGGAAGUUUUACAAGGAGUCACACGAGUACAGAACCUCCCACAAUAUUUAACACCUUUUACUGUUGAUUUAUUCUUAUAUAUCAUUACAUUAAUUCCAUCAACUGUUGAUGAGCAAAUGGUGAACGCUUUGUUCACUCUUUUAACAACACAAGCAGCAGAUAAGGCAGGCGCGUUACUUGCAAAGCUCAUUUUCUCACCAUCAACGCCAAAUGAAAUUUUAAUCAUGAUUAGCAAAGAAUUUCAAAUAAUUGUAGAAGGAUAUGCAUCAAAACCAGGUGGUAAUCACAUAUUACUAUCACUUGCAAGGCUAGAUCCCAUGAAAAUUCCAAAUGGAGUAAUAGCUUUGUAUACUUCAUCGAAAAUACCGAAAAAUGCGGUUGCAGGGUAUACAGCGCUCUUUACUACUAACGGUAUACCACGCGGUUUCAAGUUAGACGUAGUUUGUUCGCAUGUUACGAGUAAUAAUGCUUUAUUACGAUCGGCGUCAAUAGAAUUCCUUCGCCGAUAUGAAACGAAGAACGAAGCAUUGACAGAUGUAGCGAAUUCUCUUAUCCAAGCUGUUAUAGAUUACUCAGAUGAACGAGCUUUCCUUCUGCUUUGCAAUGUAGCCAGCAACGAAAAGACAGGAAAAACUCUGACCAUGGCAGGAACAAUUGAGAAGUGGAUGUCUUCUCAACCUAUCAAAGCUCCCUUGUUUUUAAAGUUGUUCAUUCUUUUAAUCGGUCAUUCCGAUUACGCAGAACGGUUUUCACUUCACAAAUUAACCGUACCGUUCAUACAUCACGUCUGCCAUCACGGGGAUACGGAAACUUUGCUUUCUGCCGUCUGGGCAAUGACAAAACUUAAUUUGAACGAGAAUUUGGCAAAAGAAUUCGCAGAAUCAGGAAUAUUAGCAGAUAUAUGUAAGGUUUUUCCACUUCUUGAGGAUCAACAGGCAGUAAUUGACAAGUUCAUUCCUGUUUUCGAGACGUUGUACCAAUACAGCGAAAAUAAUAAAGUUUUAUUCUGCAAUUUGACUUCCAAAUUACUGGAGUUAGUCAAAUCAGGUUGCCAAUCACUCAAAUCUUACAUACAUUUGCUCGCAAUUCUUGCAAAGAAACAAAUUACGCAUUCUACUCUUAUUAACGACAAUGCGAUCGCUAUUUUGAAUCCUUACUGCACUGAGUCGAAUGCAAAAAUCGAUGUCAAGAGUAUAAUGGCAUCUCUUCGCGAGGGAGGUUUGAAUAUCCCUUAA